CUGGAUCAGGAACAUCUGAAGAAGCUAUGCUUCAACAGGCUUUGGCUAUGUCAAUGCAAAUGAAUAAUACUGAAUCGUCUUCCUUACCUAUGGAUAUUGAUUUGGCAGCUAUGUCAGAAGAAGAUCAGAUAGCAUAUGCACUGCGUAUGUCUUUACAACAAAUGGGAGAGGAAACAACUCAAUCUACCAACACCACCACCACAUUAGAGUCCAAUAAG